GGGAAUAGGAAAAUGUGUGUUUUAGUUAAAAUGAAAAAUCCUGGAUGUCCGGUUUAGAUGGCAUUUUUAUCUCCUGCUGUCAAGCAUAUUUUGUGCGAUAUUUAUGAAGUUUUUAAGUCAAAACAUCUUCAAUUAAAUACGAAAAGUGAUGAUCUGCUGUCCCUAAAUUCAAGUUCACCAGUGGAUAAGAUACUGAAAAACAAUGAUUUGUCCUGUGGUGCAGAUUUUGUAAAAGCAAUAUUAGAUUUAUGUCCGUUAUUUGAACAAUGGUCAAAAUGUGAUAAACAAGAUUUAGUUGUAGCUUGUUCCCAUAUUACUGCAUGGUUGCCAGGUGUCAAUCAAAAUUAUGUAAACCAAUGGAUAUCAGCAUUGUUAAGUAAUGCUGGGGUAGAUAUGGUGGUUCACCUACUUCAUAUUACAGCAGCUUUGGAACGAGCACUAAGAGGGAUAUACUUGCAACAAGACUCUUCCUGUCCAUUUCUAUUGAGAGAUCUGCUUAACAGUAGUAUUGUGGUAAAUAUACUUGGAAACACACAUGGAAAACUGUUAAGAAUUUUAUUUGGUGGUCCAGAAAGUCUAAAUUUGCGGAAUUUAUUAUGGCAUGGUUUUGUCUCCCCAACAGACAUUCCAACUGUAUAUUUCUUUGCGACACUCAUUACCAUAGGAAAGAUAUCUACAUAUCUCACAGAACAUCAAGUACAAUCAGUUAAUUUGCCAUUUGUUAAGAAAGUAGAUGCUGAAUUACUAAUCUGUGAUUAUUUUAAAGGUGUGCAAAUUAAAGAACACUGCGAUGAAAUUGUUCAAAUAUUUCAAUCAUCAAACUAUGUAUCUCCUGGAAUGUUACCAUACUUUGUUGAAGCGCUAAGGUUAUUUCAAAAUUCACGGUACGGCUAUUGCGUCAUUACCCUACUACCCCAGAUAGAACACAUACUAAGAUGCAGAUAUGCUCAUUGUAAUGGAUUCCCAGAGCGAGUUAAAACAGCACAGUCCACCGAGUUCUACAUAAUUAUGGAUGAUGUUUUGAAUGAAAAUUUGAAAAAUGGAGAUAAAAAUAAAAUUCAACAUGUUAUUUCUCAUUCAGUCUUGGAGCUGUUGAUUGACAUAUUCAAUUUGCCUGCUGGUUUACGAUUAAGGGAUCAUAUUUCACAUGGUGAAAUGAAUGUUGAUGAAAUUAGUGAAGAAAUUGCUUCUGUGGUUGUGUAUUGUGCUGUUGCAGUUGCACAUAAUGUAGAGUUACAUCUGAAUGGCAAAAACACUUUUAAGGAAUCAUUUAAUGAACAUAUGUGGAGAUGCUGCCCAGAACUUAUACCAAAUAGUUUCUUUGAAAUUCUUCAUCCCUUUUUAAUGAAUUAUGAAUCUUUAUUUCAUCCUCUGUCAUUUGCCAAAAGAUACACUUUUUACUGUUUUGAUAAAUUGCAAAAAUUGGACACACUUCAAGUUCCUUCACAUAUAUCUGCAUUACUGUCUUCCAGUGAAUUACAGCAACAAAGGACAUUAUGUGAAACACUUAUAACUGCUUCAUGUCUGCAAAUUGAUGUUGUUGAAGAUAGUGAUGAGACCAUAUUAAAAUUGAAAGAAAAAUUAAAACAAAUUUUCGAAGAAAAAUUGUCAACCUUGUUCAGGUCUGAAGACUCGGAGCUGUCAGUUCUCCUUGAACAAGCAGCUUACAAAUGCAAAGUUUCGGUCGAUCAUAUAUUAGACGCCAUUGCUCAUCGUCAGGAUUUGCUUGAAAAACGUUUGUUACGUUCCCGUCAGCGCAAAAACUUUGCCAAGCUGUUACUUUGGUGUCCUGUGUUUUCUUGCGGCUUAUGUCUUCUGUGCUGUUUCUUGUUCUCUAACAUCUAUUCCACCAAAAAUUCAAUUGCCAACUCAACAAUCAAAAGGAUGAAACAGGUUUUAAAAAAUUGCGAAAAUCUAGCAUCGUUGACUGCGUCUGACAAGAACAAAUGGGACGACGCAAAGGACUUGUUUUAUAAUUUGUUGGAACUUUUUUAGAUCGCAAUGAGUUUGUAUUGCAGCAUUAAAAUUAUUCAAAUGA